GAAGCUUUGAGAGAGGACUUGUGAACCUGCCGUGAAACUAGCGAAUCAUUAACUGUCGCAGGGGGAAAACUUUUAUUUCAAAGAAGUGGAUCCAUCAUGACUGCAAGGAUCAAGGGAGCAGCGGGCCGGGACAAACCAGUGCCACAGAGCCGAGCAACAGAAAUGAUAGUAAGGGUCAGGAGAGCUCUGUGGCUGGUGCUGGGCAUGCUCUCUCUGUCCCUGCUGCUGGUGGUGCUGGGAGUCUACACAACCACCCGAACAGAGAGCCUGAAUGUGACUGGCUACACCUCUGGAGUUAUUCUGACCCUUGGAUCGUUCCUAGGACUUCUGGGACUCCGCCUUGAGGAAAACCGCAAGCAGCUGCUGACGGCUGCGAUUGUAUUCCUCAGCUUUGGGAUCAUCACCUCUUUUCUUUGCCUGGUGAUUGAUGGCGUCUGUAUUGUCUUAAACAUGGACAUGCGUCCACUGAGAGCAGAGAGAUGCCAGUAUUACAGCAGUGGCACCAGCUACGUCUAUGAGAAUUUCUACACCUCAGUGUCAUGUUGGAAUCUAAAGGAGUCUUGUACCAUGACAGUACGAAGUGGAACCUGCUACUGCUGCGACCUCUACGACUGCGCCAAUGGAGGCUACCUCAACAACUACUAUGAGUUUGUUGGAGUACAAAGCUGCGAUGAAGUUUUCACUCUUUAUAUCUUGAUCUGCACACUCACUGGCCUGAACCUCGUGGCCCUCUUCACAGGGAUACUGACCACAGCGGUGCUUGGCAGCAUCAAGGACUCGAGGAGUAGCAGCCCUGUGACGAAGCCCUCUGAGAGCACAGCAUCUUCCCCUACAGCUCCUCUGCUGAUGGACGCCAACACACACACAGUUCACCAACUCCACCCAGGAGCCUCGAUGUAUUUCCCUCCAGCAGAAAAGACAGCUGCCUCGCAGAGCUUUCCCUCAGCAUCGACUCCUCACACAGAGUGCAAUCCUCCUCCCUUCGCCCCGCUGACCAGCCUGCUGCCUUUCAGAGACCACAACCUCUCUGCAUGAAAUCCACCAGCAGCUUUUCAAUAGAAAAUGACCAAAAACAUACAUACAGAAAGGGAUAAAGAGAUGAGAUGCUUUGUUAUGAUUAUUAUUAUUAUCAUUAACUUUUGUCAGUGUUGUGAGGAAGGGAGGCUGGAACAACUAAAAGACAGAUAUGUUGGUCUGAACAUUAUGUAGAAUUAUAAAGAUUUUGUUUUUCUAAAUAUCCAAAAGCAGAUGUGGGAAGUUUCAUGGAAAGAGUUUCUUGUUACUUUCAAUUGUAUGCAAAGUUAAUAACAUAUUUUACAAUAAUUUGCUCAAAAACAUAAAGGUCUUAAAUUGUAAAAUGUUUGUAAAUGAAACAUGAUGUAGUAUAAAUGUGUUUCAUCAGUCCAUUGCAUGUGUACACAAGGGUGUUUAAACUUUAACUCUUUAACAAACAUCAGUGAAACCACACAUAAGAGUUAAAAUCUCAUGUUAACAUAAAUAAAAUUUAAUAGUCCAGCAAAUUUUUGUAAUAAAUAUGUAUGGAUUUGUGUGUGGUGUCACCUUUGUGAGUUUGAUUUAUGUCCCAUAAGCACCUCAAACACAUGAUUUACAUACUGUACAUACAUGUUAUGUUUUUUUGACUAACUGUUGUCCUGUAGAAUACAUUUUGCUUCGCAAUUGUACUUCAUGCUGAACUUUUUAUAAUGUGUCAGGUUAAACUGCAAACUGUAUCAACAGUAAUUGAUGUAACUUGAGGAUUGAUCUGAUGACUCAAAAAGACAAACUGACUGUGCUGCCAUUAAACUGAAGUGAGGACAGUUUAACUUGAAUCUGAUCUUGUGGACACUAACUUUUACAUGUUAU